UGGGGCUUGAGUGUUUACUGUCUCGUUGACUGUUAGUCGUAGGGUAUGUUGACAAGAUGGAGUUCUUGCUGGGAAACCCAUACAGUACUCCGGUGGGACAGUGCAUUGAAAGGGCCACAGAUGGCUCACUACAAAGUGAAGACUGGACGUUGAAUAUGGAAAUAUGUGACAUAAUUAAUGAAACAGAAGAUGGGCCUAAGGAUGCUAUAAGAGCUGUGAAGAAGAGGCUUAAUGGGAAUAAAAACUACAGGGAGGUGAUGCUUACCCUGACGGUUCUUGAGACUUGUGUAAAGAACUGUGGGUACCGGUUCCAUGCACUCGUCACCACCAGGGACUUCAUUGAUGGCGUUUUGGUGAAAAUCAUAUCUCCUAAAAACAACCCACCUGCCAUAGUGCAGGACAAAGUACUAGCUUUGAUACAGGCAUGGGCAGAUGCCUUCAGGAGUAGUCCAGAUUUGACUGGAGUAGUCCACGUCUAUGAAGAAAUGAAAAGGAAGGGAAUAGAGUUUCCUCGAUCUGACUUGGAGACCUUGUCCCCCAUUCACACACCACAACGGCAGCAAAGUGCUCCGGAGUUGGACCAGCAGAAAUAUAACGCCCCAGUCCAGCCUAAGCCACAGCCUAACCCUGCCUCCGCUCCUCCCUUUUCUGCCCCUGUGGCCCACACUUCGCCACAGAUGCCUAAUCUGCACAUGCCUGGGCCCAUCAACCCUUCCCCUGAACAGAUUUGCAAGCUGCGCAGUGAGCUCGACAUUGUGCGUGGGAACACUAAGGUGAUGUCAGAGAUGUUGACUGAAAUGGUUCCAGGUCAAGAGGAUCCAUCCGAUCAUGAGCUUCUCCAGGAGUUAAACAGAACAUGCAGGGCCAUGCAGCAAAGGAUUGUUGAGCUUAUCUCGCGCGUAUCCAAUGAGGAAGUCACAGAGGAGCUCCUGCACGUCAAUGACGACCUCAACAACAUCUUCCUACGAUAUGAAAGAUACGAGAGAUUCCGGUCUGGCCGAACAGCUCAAGGCGUAAACAACGGGGUCCUGAAUGAGGCGACAGAAGAUAACCUGAUUGAUCUGGGACCAGGGUCUCCUGCAGUGGUCAGCCCCAGGAUCAGUGCUACUCCUCCGUCCAGCUUGCCCCCCUCUGUGGCUCCAAUUCGCUCUGCCUCUCCAGUCACCCUGUCCUCCAGACUGGCUGGUUUGGAUGUUGGUUCUGACAGUGUGAGUGGCACCUUGAGCUCUCUGACAGCUUGUCAACCCCAAGAUGACUUUGACAUGUUCGCCCAGACCAGGACUGGCACCAUUCCUGAGAGGAAGAAUACACCAUUCGAAGACACAAAGGCUUCAAGUGGAGUGGCCCCGACUUUGGAUGUCAGGCAACAACACACUGGGGCAGCUCUUGACCAGUCCUCUGUCAUGGAUGACAUUGAGGAGUGGCUCUGUACUGAUGUGAAAGGAGAUGAAGGAGAGGAGGGUGUGACCAGUGAAGAGUUUGACAAGUUUCUAGAGGAGAGAGCCAAAGCAGCAGAGAUGGUGCCCACGCUGCCGACACCCCCGAGCGACGAGCUUCCUGCUGCCGCCGGCGCUUCUGCAAAUGCGAGUAAAAAGGCCGGCAGGUCCGAGGACUCCCUCUUUGCCUUGUAGAUAAGUGUCAGAUCCUCUGGGGCGGCCCAGCACUGCUAAUGUGGCAGUGAUGGGUCAGCCCUUUGCAGACCCAUCAGCAUCUCCUCUUUCUCUCCUGCUUCCUGCUUCUCCAGCACAAUCACGGCUGAAGUGAUCAGAACUAUUUCAUUAUCUAGACAUUUUCAUAAUGGACAUUUUCAUACUCAACCAAGUUUUCAUUCCAUUGAAAAUGCUGUAUAAGAUCCAAUCAUAACACCCUCUAAGCAUACCGUUCCUUGUGGGUUCGAGAGGUCAAUGUCUAUUUUUUUAAUUGAUAUUUGUGGUAUAAAGCAAGGACGCUCUUGUAAAGUCUACUACCAGAUCCAGUCACGUCCAAGUUUGUGUUCACUGUGGUCCUGCAUGCAACAGCUGGAUAAUUCUAUUUUCCUCUACUUUCCUCAAGAAUAAUUCGUAAGGGAGCUGAUAAUAGUUUUUUUCUUAUUUUUUCAGUUUUAUUUACCUGAAGAUUUGCUUUAAAGGGAUGUUAAACAGGAUUAUUUAUUAUAAAAUUUUCAGUUAAUACCUCUGACAACACAAAACUGAUGGUAGCAGUUCAGCUGGCAAAUUUAAGAUUCAGAAAUUAGUACUAGUUAUUGAAGACAUAACUACUAGAGAAAAAGGUUUUAAGCUUAGUCGUAAUUUAUUGGAAUUAAAACGCAUUUUGCUAAAUGAAUAUUUAAAAAGUGACGGAAGUGACGUGUACCACAUCUCUUAACUACACAGGUCACAUCAGAGGAGAAAUGAUAUUACUCACUGGAUACUUUUAAAUGUUGUUAUUUUACUUGGCAAAACCAUUGCCUGUUAGAAAGGAUUAAUAGGAACAAAAAGUAUGUAUUUCGAUUUAAUUUGCACUGAAAGAAUUACUCGCCUCUCGGCUGUGUUAAAAGAGCUUUUGUUCAAAUACAAAAUUUAAGCUGUCGUUCGUUUCAAUGCUGUCUAUUAAGAGGCCGAAAACAAAUGGAGUUUCCAGAGAACUGAUGGUGACUGCGAGGCAGUUUAAAUUGGAUUUUACGUUGCACAACUGCAGCAGAAUUGGUGUUGAGCCUAAUGUUGUGAUUGGGAAUGAAAUGGAUCUGCCUUAAAGAACAGGUUGUGGGUAGUUUAAGCUGUAGUCCACUUAACGUUUGGUACUCUUAUGUUUGCACAUCAGAGAUUUGAUUUAGUGAGGUGAAUGUGCUGAUGUAAUAUCUUAGUUCGAGUGCUGUGUCUCGCUGUUGUGUACAUACUGUUUCGACGGACCAAAUGUUUAACCUUAGCAAAUAAUUUAAGCGUAGAGUCAACUAACUUGAGACGUAUAUUGCUUUUAACGUCCAGAUGUGUUUUAGUUGUUUGUGUAAGAUUUUAUUUGUUCACAUAGGUGAGCACAAAUCAAAGGGACGGUGCACUUUUGCAUGGCUAAUUAUUUUAUAUGAUUUGUAACACUACACAAAACAUGUAUUACAAAUGAAAAGAAAGGCAUGCCCCUGAUCUUUUGAGUAACAAAGCUUUGGCCCUCUUGCACUCAUAAGGUCAGUUUGAGAACUGUGGGAUUUUGAGGAUUGCUGCCUUUGGCAGAAUUAUUGGGAGUUCAUUAUUGCUGUGUUUGUGAACUUUACAGUUACCGCAGAACUUUGGUAGAGCUGUCAAAAGAUGAAGUCCUUUAUCAGGUGACAAUUAUAUUUACUGUAGUCUGUUAGUUUGGUUAUUUUGAGAAGAAGAAAUUCAAGGAUGGCUGUAGCAGGGAUGCAGCUUGAUUAUGCACAAGCAUUAAUACUAAAAUAUUGCUGUCUAUACUGUCUGUUUCUAUUGAUAACAGGAGAUUUGAGGGACACUAUUGGUGGUCACAAUUGACUAGUUUCUGUCAUGAGAUCUAUAUUACUACGUUACUAAAAUGUACACUAAACUCAAUGAAAAAAAAAAAAAAACAGAUUUUACCUCCCAUGGAUGUAACCAUCCUAUCUGAAUGCUGUUGUUAUUGUUUUAGGCACUAUCGCUGAAAUGCUUCAUCUUGAAUAAAAACAUAAUUUAAUUGAAGUUAUUUAUCCGUUUAUCAGCAUCUACCUUCAAUUUUUCAGCAACUGUGCUAUUUCAUCACUUAAUGCUGCACUACGGUUUCAUUCGAAAUGGUUUUAGCUGUAAAUUAGUCUCAGUAAUGUACAGUUUAAGAAAGCAGAACAUUUAUUUAGGUUUUUUUUUGAAAGUCAGUAUUGGUUACUGUAUAUUAGAAUGAAGGGACUGUAAAGAUCGAAAUCAUAGGUUUGGAGUUUCCACUUUUAUCCGGUGCAGUUGGAGUGAAUAUAUUUUACUGACUUGUUGCAAUCAGACAAAAAUGAUCCCCAGCAUAUGGUCAGGUUAUGCCAAUGUCUUUUGUACCAUUGAGAGCAUUUCUUUAUAGGAACAGCACUUUUCUUCUCUUUGAUAUGUAUUUGGAGUUGUGUGUGUGUGUGUCUAUGUAUAUGUGUGAACAACAGCUCCUGAUAUCCUGACGUCUGCUGCAGACACCGUGUUUAUUCUGUAUUUACCAAGAGACGGGAAGUAGAGAAUCUAGCUUUCCAAAAUGACACAUCUCUGUAAAGAAAAGUCAAACUGCGGUGUGCGUGUGUAUGUGUGUGUGAGUGUGAAGGGCUGGAAUAAGCUGUACUCUCUAACCGUUGAUCAUUUUUGUGGUCAAUCUUGGUUUUACAGAUUGUACUGGUGUUGGUCUGUGUGCUUACCUGUUGUUAUACCUCAAGCUGCUCUCUGUAAUGUUUGAUUCAUGCAUGUGUUGAACUCCAAUAAAACAUACCAAGAUGGUAAUCUGUUA